AUGAACGAAAUCGGUAUUUCCAUCCCCCAAAGUCCCGAGGUCCAUAAUUCCGAGAAACAUCCUGAACAAACGGGCACCCGCGAAGGCCGCAAUGUCGCCCUCGGCAAGGUCGAAGCUUACAACAAGGUCCUGAACCAGUCUGGACGAUCAGGAAAGGCCCUCCGUUGGGUCAUUGUCGUCUCCAUCGGCCUGACCAUGUUCGCCUAUGCUCUAGGCCAAGGAAUCACUCCCCAGUUCGAUGUUAUGGCGACCUCGUCGUUCGGCAAGCACGCGCAAAUCGGAGCAGUCAACACGGCUAGUCAGAUCAUAAACGCAGUGUCCAAACCCUUUAUCGGCAAAAUGGCAGACAUCACCUCUCGACCCACGGCGUAUUUAGUCGUUCUACUGGCAUAUGCGGUGGGAUUUGCGAUUGCUGCUAGCUGUACCAAUCUUACAGCCUACGUUGUCGGUAGUUGUUUGACUUCCUUUGGGAGGUCGGGACUUGACCUGCUCAGCGAAGUUGUCAUCGGAGACCUGACAACCCUACAAUGGCGCGGCUUCUGGUCCGGAAUGCUGCUAUCUCCGUUCUUGGUGACUACAUUUAUUGAUGGCCUUAUCUCCGAUGCGUUUAUCCCGGGAAAAUGGCGUUGGGGUCUGGGGAUGUUUGCGAUUAUGGUCCCAGUUCUUUUACUCCCAGCCAUCAUGACGUUAUACGGCCUGCAGCACAAGGCUAUCAAAGUCGGAAUGGCAAACACGAGCGGUAGAGAUAAGCGAACUUGGGAUAUCUCUGCCUUUGUGCAUCAGGUGUGGGAUGCCAUUGUCGAAAUUGAUCUAGCAGGUCUCAUACUACUGGGGUUCGCAUUCUCCCUGAUCCUUCUCCCAUUCACGCUCGCCAAAUCAGCUCAGCAAGGAUGGGCUAACCAGAGCAUGAUCGCCAUGGAAGUUGUCGGAUGGUUUCUGUUAAUCGUAUGGAUUCUAUUCGAGGCGUUCAUCGCACCACGACCCAUCAUGACAAAACGCAUUAUCAAAAAUCGAGCGUUUUUUGCUGCAUUAUUCACAAGCUUCUUCACGCAAGUCGCAACGGCUGCCGGAAAGACCUACUACUCCUCCUAUCUAUAUAUAAUCAAGAACUGGUCCAACUAUGUCUGGACGGUAUUCCUGGCAAUUAUGACACUCACACUCUGCGUUCUCAGUCCUCUAGCCGGUCUACUACAAGCCAAGUUCCACCGUUACAAAGGCUUCAUGGUCUUUGGGUCGUUGGUCAAGCUCGUCGGCCAUGCGAUGUGCAUUGGUAGCCAUAAAAGAAGCACACAGAGUACUGCCAUCCUGGCCGUUGCCCACAUUCUCAUUGGAGGCAGCGCGUUUAUUGUGAUUGGUGCACGUGUGGGAUCGCAGGCUUCCGUACCUCACCAAGAUAUGGCCUCGGUUAUCGCUGCCUUUUCCCUCUGGAGUUUCUUGGGUAGCUCAGUGGGUGAUGCUAUUGCUUCUGGUAUUUGGACAGGAAAGAUGCUGGAUUACAUGCAUGAGGAAUGUCCCCCGGGGACUUCGGAGACAACUCUAAGGGAGAUCUACGGGUCCAUAAAAAUUCUUCGAUCUGACUAUGACUGGAAUGAUCCGAUACGAAUUGGCGUUAUUAGGGCGUAUACACGAACUAAUGGGAUCAUAUUUAUCACUGCUACGGUUCUGGCAGCGUUACCCGUGGUUUUCUCUUUGUGCAUGCCGAACUACUACUUGGGCAAGCAGCAGAAUGCAGUGACAAACACCGGUCUCGAUGGCCAAGUGGUUGGCGUUCCUGAUCACAGUCAGGGCAACGAAGGCAAGCCGGGCUUGUGGAAUACUAUCAGGCGUGCGUAUUACAUGUAG